UCCCGGGUCGUGGUGUUUGUUUUGGUUUGUGGUUUUUUUUCUUUCCUUUUCCGGUUGCUUGGGCGCGAAAAGACUGAGCCGUGCUUUCUGAGGCCGGCAAUAAACGGCGAUGAGUGGAGAAAGAGGUGAAGCGGCUGACGGAUCCAGAAAGGGAUGAAUUUUGAGCCUCACGCGCUUGUGACCCUCCCGGUCCUCGUUCCUGAAGCUCCGGACCUCAUCCGGCAGCGCCCGGCUGUCUCGCCAAAGUUCGUUCUCGUUUGUGGCUCGCAGAUAAAGGUCAAAAUGCCUGGUAAAGCAAAUGCUUCUAAGAGGAAAUCUCAACAGUUAAAGAGAAAUUCAAAACAAAGAGCUGAUGAAGAAGUGGAUUUUCCAGAGAAUGAGGUUGGAAACACAGCGAAAAGAAACAAAAGUCAUGCAGGGCAUCUGUCCUCUAAAGCAACAGGACAAGCAAAGUCUAUUAACCUAAAGCGGAUAAAAGUAGCGUCCAACAAGAGAAAAACCUGGCAGCCUCUUCCAAAAAAUACUGAAGAAUAUUUGCAAAGUAUGAUGGAAUCAGUAAUCCUAGAAAUUUUAACCAAAAACAUAAAAGGAAAAGAACAAAUUCAGUGUCACCUCAACUACUUGAAGAAAAGAUUACUGCAACAGUGUGGAACACUGAAAGUCCCUCCCAGAAAGCUGAACUAUUUAACCGAUGUGUCAAAUCUGCUGAAAACGGAAAGGGCACGGGAAAGAGCUCAUGAAGAGGACCUGGCUUUACUGCAGGAAGAAAUAGACAAAAUAGUAGAGACCACAGAGUCAAUGACUGAAAGUAUUCAGAGCCUAAAGAACAAGAUUCAGAUUCUGACAAAUGAGGUAGAGGAAGAGGAGCAGAAGGUGAAACAGGAAUUUCACCUGGAUAGUAAUAAGGUACUGUCUCUUCCAGAACUUUCUCAGAAAAGUCUUAAAGCACCCACACUUCAAGAAGAAAUUUUGGCAGUAAUUCCAAACCAGAAUGCUCUUCUGAAGGACUUGGAUGUCCUUCAUAAUUCAUCCCCAGUGAAGGACAUGUCAGCGUUCAUUCAAGAAGCCUAUAAGAAACUUGAUGGCUCUUAAGGAGUUGGUUGUGGUUUUUGUUUUUAAGCAUUGUUCUAUAUUAACUUAUUGUUUAUGAAUUGUAAAACCUUCCUUUUUAAGACAGAGUCUCACUCUGUGUGUAGCCUGGGCUGGCCCAGUGUCACCCAUACUGGCCUUGAACUCACACCAGUCCUGCCUCAGCAAUGCUGAGUGCUGGGAUUACAUAGGUGAGCGGCACAUCUGGCCCAAAGGUGUACAGCUUAACUGUAAUAAUACUAUAAAGCUGAUGUUUGCAGAACAAUUACCCCCUGUUAUCCACUUUAAAAAAUAGCCUUUGUGGCCCUAUCAUUAGUAUCUAAUGUUCUAAAAACAGUUGGUAGCAGUUGCUAAAUCUAGGAAAUCCAUAUAUGCUGUAUCUAUAGUUGUUUGCUAAAACCGUAUACUAUGAAUGAUUUUUGAAAUUAAAAAGACCAUGUUGUAACAGUUUAUGAAUUCUGAAGGGAACUUACUUAUUGAAAAUAGCUUUGUGGAUAUGAAAAAUUUAAGUGUAGCACCUAAUCAGGGAAAACAUGAGUGUGUCUCUCCCUUUAGCUAAUAGCUUGCAUUUUCUGUCUGGUCAUGUGGAACUUGAAAAAAUCCCAAAUGCCUCCUUAAA